AUGGACGACCAGCUGGCCGAGAGGAAGACCAAAGGAAACGGGCUGUUCCCAGGAAUCUGCCAACGAGAGGUGUUGGAAACUCCCACCCUCAUCCACUUGACGUUACCUGUGGAUUCGAGGUCGGAGGGCGUCUUUGCUUCCUGGAACACCUGGACCUGCUCUUCGAGGCCAGUGUACUCGCGACAGCAGCCCGACUUCUCCCCGUUGAAGGGAGCCAGGUCAGCCAGUGUCGUUGAGAUCCGAGCCGCCCAGAUCAUCGCCCGGUGGUCAAAGGCAGGGUUCCCCAGCAGAUAG